CGACACUCAUUGACCUGCGGACAUUCAUCACUACCGUCUUGAUACCCCUCAUAUCCAUACCAUACAAUGCCGGCCUUUACUCCCCUCCGUCCUUUCCUGCGGGCCCCCGCGACUACUUUCUCUGCUCGUUCUUUCAGCUCGUCUCCAGCGCGUUCCGUCGCCCGUCUGAUCAUCACGGGUCGUCUGGGAGCUGAGCCUGAGCUCCAGGCAACAUCCACCGGACAGGAUGUUGUGAAGUACGUUGUCGGCACGUCGUACGGCCCCAGGGACAACCGCCAGACCAGCUGGUUCCGCGUUUCGAGCUUCCAGCAGGAAGGUCCACAGAGGGACCAUCUCCUCAGCUUGCCAAAGGGUACCCUAGUCUACGUCGAAGGUGACGCUAGCAUCCGUACCUAUGAGGAUGCCGAAGGCAAGAAGCAAUCCAGCCUGAGCGUUGUGCAAAGGACUCUCGAAGUUCUCAAGCGCCCCAGCUCUGAGUCCUCCUUCCCGUCCGAAGAGACUCAAUAAAUUGCCUUGAAUACUAUAGGCACGGGCGUCCUUGCUAUGUAUACCCAAUUGAAUACAUUUCUUUUUUGUCCCAUUCCAGGACCUACCGGUUCUGAUACGGAGGAUUUCUGGCAGGAUUGAAUUCUCUACUCCUUGUAUUUUUUUUUUUCCCUUUAUCUGAUUCCAGAACGAAUGAGUGUAAUGUGUGGAUGAGAAUGUAUUAUUUCUAUGUUGAUCUUGAAUAUAUCGCAUUGCUACGUAAAUUGCCGUGUUACAGCCCUAGCCAUAACGUGCAUCACAUGCUAGACUAGAAGACUCAUGGAAGAAGAAUGAAGGAACACCAAGUCCAACUGGCCGAGAUUCCAACCUACUAUGUAACAGCUGUUGAC